GCCACCAGCAGACGGCGACAGCAGACUACGUCUAAACUAAUCGGAAAACGUAAACCCGGCCAGCUGCUGUCAUGUCCUCGCCCGCAGCUUUUCCCUAAUCAGCGCUUUGCUUCCUGUGCGUUUCUGCCUCGGUCGCUGGUCGACGGCAUGGCGCAGGAACUGCUUCCAACGCCGACAGUGCCGCGGCUCUCCAGGGAAUAGCUGACAAGGGCGAAGCGAAGCGAAGCAAACGUUCCCGCAGUCACAGACGCGCCAUGGAUUUCUUUUCGGACGGUCCGUCAGAUGAGGACAAAAUCUAGUUAAACAACUAUUGCUGGUUUGACAUUCGUUAGAGAUGUUUAUGCCGCCACCCCUUGGGCUCCACUCUUCGGAUGUGGACAACCGCCAAAGGGGUCCUUGUGGAAGAGAAGAUAGGAAGUUGCUUGACUUGGGGGAUGGUCAAAGCAACCAAAAGGAGAAAGUUGCAAAGAAGCAGCAGCCACAGAGGAGCCACUCCUUGGACAAAUUGAAUAAGGAAUCAUCAGGGAGGGAAGCAUCAGGGGAGGCAGUUUUUCCGAGUCAUGAGUAUGGAGUGGAAGCUUAUGGUGAUGACUAUCUUAUGAAUGGGUAUCAAGAUACAAUGGGCAUGACUGUCACAUCUGGAGUUGUCACUCUCACAAAGGAAAAUAACUUUGUUGGUAUAAGCAUCGGAGGAGGAGCUCCCUUGUGCCCUUGCCUUUAUAUAGCGCAGGUUUUUGACAACACUCCAGCUUCCCGAGAUGGCACAUUACAGAGUGGCGAUGAAAUCAUAGGUGUGAAUGGAGUUUCAUGCAAAGGAAAGACUAAAGUACAAGCUGCUAAAAUGAUCCAAGCCAGUAAAGAGCUGGUGGCAGUUACCUUUAACAAAUUACAUGCAGACCCAGCAAUGGGAAAGAGCCUUGAUAUUGUUCUCAAGAAAGCAAAACAUAGACUAGUCGAGAAAAUGAGUGCUACCACUGCUGAUGCUUUGGGACUCUCACGUGCCAUCCUUUGCAAUGAUGCCCUUGUUCGUAAACUAGAUGAAUUAAAAGCCAUAGAAACUGAAUAUAGAGGAAUGGUAGAACAUGCAAAACGAGUCCUGAAAGCUUACUUUGAACUUCUGCAAGUGUAUAAAGCUUUUGGAUGCACAUUUGCUGAAAUUGGCUCCAGAGAGCCUCAGCCUCGUGCUAGUGAAACUUUCACACAAUUUGCCAACUAUCAUCGUAAUCUCGAGAAACAUGGAAUUCAAAUGCUGAGAACACUUAAACCGAUUUUGUCUGAUCUUGGAACUUAUCUUCACAAAGCCAUCCCAGACACACAACUAACAAUAAAAAAAUAUGCAGAUGCCAAGUUUGAGUACCUUAGCUAUUGCCUGAAAGUAAAAGAAAUGGAUGAUGAGGAGAAAGCCUUCAAUGAAGUGAAGGAGCCCUUGUACCGUGUAGAAACAGGAAAUUAUGAAUACAGGUUAAUCUUAAGAUGCAGGCAAGAUGCUCGAGCAAAGUUUGCUCGUUUACGAUCUGAUGUCCUAGUCAAGCUAGAGCUUCUCGACAACAAACAUGUCCAAGAUAUAUCAGCUCAGCUAGAAAAGUUUGUUGGUGGUUUGGCGGCCUAUCAUUCUGCAGCAUUGCAGACCUUGGAUCCUCCUGAUACCAGGCCAUUAUUUCCUAUUGAAAUGGAUCUGUCCAGAUCGGCAUUUCAAUAUAAGAGUACUACCCCAUUACAGAAUGAUGGACAAGAUGAUGAUGAAGAUGAUCAGCUUUUAACUGGUGAAGAAGCAAAGGAAGAGAAACGAGACGAGCCUCCUCUUCUUCUUCUUCCUGACCUUUAAACUUGUUCCAACUUUUCAAUGAGAAUGUUGGAAAAUUAGCAGCGUAGACAGUUAUCUAUUUCCUAAACAAAUUUUUACUGAAGAAUGUGUUAAUUACUAUACAGUUUUAUUAUUUCUUACAAAACUUUCACUAAGCAAAGAAAAUUAAAUGUCAAAACUUGAUCUAAAAAUUAUAUGGCUGUUUGUACUUUAAUUAAUUGUAUGUAUUUUAUUGAACAUCAUUUCCAGUACGUUGCAGCAGUAACUUGUAUCAUUCCAAAGAAUUUUGUGAUAUAUUUCCGUCAGUCCCAGUAUUCCAAACAUAUGAAAUGCAUUUAAACUGUUUGCUAUUUAUGUGUGUGCGUGUGUGAGUGUUUUUGUCUGUGUCAAACUACAGUAUUAAAAUCACCUUGAAUUAC